AUGGCGCCAUUCGGGAGGCACACCGGAGGGAAUAUUGAAACUGUGGGAAAGAGAAAGAAAGUGUGUAAGAACCUUAAGGGCGGAGAAGAGCAAGCCGUUCUGGACCUUGGAGGCUUGGUAAUCGCUACACUUCGCAAAACUGGGUCAACGGACCGGCCGGACCGGCUAUCUGACGGGUCGAUUGGAGACGCUCACUCUCGACAGCUCUCGGCCUUCCGAAUCAAAUGCCUGGUGUUGGUCACCCACUCUCUUUGGCAGAGGAAUUGCGAGUCGGAAGACACGAGAGCCGCUGGCUUGACCAAGGGCCCAGGCCCAUGA